CUGAUCGUCUUAAACAAUUGAGCUGUAUGGAACGGCCCCAGUCAGUCUUUGAAUAAAAAGUCACUUUAGUCGAUACAACAAGCCGUCAACGGAGUCGUAAAGCAGCCUACGACAUACAACCAAUGGACUGAAACGUGCCUAGAUCAGUGUGUGUGUACCCGUUCAAAAUGUAUGUGUUUGUAUGUCUGUGUAACAAUGGACCGCUAUAGAGGCAUACAGCACCAUUUGUUCGUCGGAACUCUGGAACGUUAAAACUAUAGGUGGUGAUUUAACCAUUUCGAGGUCUGUCACAUGCCGACAAGACGACACGGAUUUAUAUUUCCAAUGUACCAGUGGAUCAGUAGCACUUCCGGCGACGCCCUGCUGUUUCGUUAAAAUUUGACGCCGUUUCUUUACAUAUUGGAAGUCAAUAUGUAUACCUGUAUCUUCGUAUUUACUGUGGUACUACUUACUUUUGAAGAUAUACAAGGACAAACGUUAUGUGCUCAGUUUGCAGAGAUUUCUACAGACACCUCGGGUCUUAUUCCAGCCAUUCCUAAAGUGGCUUCCAUGUGCACCAACUCCGAAGUAUCAGGGAAGAGAGUGAUCAUUGACACGUACACGGCGGAGGGACAGACCAAACCAUCCACUUGUUUUUGUACAGCAACUGUUACUCUGGAUACUGUGGCCUCCUCAGACAUCUUUCUCUCCCCUCAUGUCGACCUUCAACCUAACUAUCCUAACUGUGGAAGUCGCCUAGUGCUAACUAAAGGGAGUACCACUGUCAGCCAAAGGUGCUACAUCAAUGGUAAUAUCCUUGUAGACAAUGGGGAUACAAUAGAUGUCAGCUUCCAUAUGGAGACAAAUCCUUUCGAUACCAGAUACUGCAUGGUCCUGUCGCUAGGUGCGAAUGGUCAUAUAGCUAUGAAAUGCAGCGAUCCAACUGGUAGCACAACCGGAAAUACUACUACUGACGCCGCUGCCGCCACCACCACCGCGGCAACAACAACAAAGGAACCAGAAUCAAGCACAGCGACCGCGUCGACUACAAUAACAUCUACUCUAACCUCAACAGAAGCGACAACAAAACCAGUAACGCAAUCACCAACUAAUCAGACAACAACUUCGGCAUUAUCAACAUCAACCUCACAGUCAACCACCGUAUCUAGUUCAUCAUCAACAACAAAAACAACAGAACAAACAACUCAACAGGAAACAACAUUGAGUACACAAACGACGAACACACAACUAACAACAACUGUAAAACAACCAACUACAACAGGAAAACAAUUGACAACGACUACGACUAAGACAACAACGAAACCGUUGACAACAUCUCAGCCGUCGACCACAACUCAACAAUCGACAACCAACACUACAAAUAAACCUUCGACAGCAACAGAACAAAGUACAUCAACGACAAUUAAUACAACUACAAAACCAUUGAAAACAACUCAACAAUCAACCACAAUAACGACUGCAAAAACAACUAGGGCAUCGACAACAACUAAACCAUUGACAACAACUACAUCAUUAAAAACGACUACACCCUUGAAAACCACUCCUUCUGCAACAACAACUAAACCAUCGACAACAUCUAAGCCAUUAACAACGACUUCACUUUUGACAACAACUAUAACUGAAACAACAGGUAAACCAAUGACAACAAGUAAACAAUCGACAACAACUAAACGACUGACCACGACAACAGUCCAGACUAAAACGAGUACGGCGGCGACACCCUCAGAUGGACUUACAUCACCUAAACCAAGUAUGACGUCAAAGCAAGGACAGGACGGCGAAAACUACAAACUUGAAGUGAUCGUCCCCGUGUCCAUCGUUUCUGCGAUCCUAAUAAUCUUUGUCAUAGUCUGCAUCAUAUGUGCCAGACACGUGAAGUCCAGGGCUGGACAUUUUGAAAUAAACCGAGACAUACUACGCAGGGUGUCAGAGGAUAUGAAUGCCAAAACUAAGAAUGGGAUCCAGAACCCAUCCUAUAACGGCGAGACCCUCCCGACCUCGAUAUCAUCUCUGGACAAGAACAGUAUGUCCAUGAUGCAGGAGAGUGACCCCUCGUGUGACGCAGAAGUGACGCUGGACUUUGGCGAGGAAGUCGCGGACGAAAACCAGGAUCUCACAAGUUUUUAGUGCCCAUAAGAUUUUUACCACGACUCAGGAACUGAAAAUUACAGUUAUAUGUCCCUUGUUAAAUUCAAAAUUCAAAAAAGGAAAUUAAAAAUUAUGAAAAUAACAUAUAUUUCCUACACUAGCUCUGACGUCACAGAUUAGUUCUGAUUGUUUGAAAAAAAAGAGGUGAGGUAUAUACAAGACACGAAAUACACAGAAGAUAUGAUGGUAUAAGUCAAGAUAUUAUUUUGUAAUAUAUUGACAGCUCUUAAAUAUUUUUUAAUGGAAUUAUGGCCAAUUAUUCUAAACUGACACCUUUCUUGGGAUUUGAUAUCGAUUCACAUUGACUGUAUUAUAACCAUUUACAACAACUGAACGCAAGCGCGUGUUCACCUUCAGUAGGGGAUCUUGACGCAUGGUUAACAAGAUGAAAAUAUUUCAUAUGGUCAUCAAUAAACUUUGAAAAAUAUAGGAAAAAAAUACUCAUCUAAUUGAGAGCAUUGUUGUAUAAAACUCACUUCAAAAAGGGCAAGGAAUCAUGUAAGAAAUUAAAAAUCAUGCAAAUAACUGUAAUUAUAAUACAUCUGUACAUCUGGAAAUCAUCAUAGUGUAUCAUGUCUAGGUUAAAAAGACGUUCUAUUAGCUAUUGUAAUAGAGUAUUGUCGAAUACAGCACUUUGAUUCGAACAAAUAGUUCCCGAAACAUAAGAACAGUUUUCGAUUCUCAUAAUUCGUGUAAUCAUUCAUCACCGUGACAAAAUCCAUAAUCCAGUAUAGAGAAGUUUUGAGCAGAAUUCAGGUCGAAAUGGUACAGUCACUUAUUUUUAACGCGACGGAUCGAGUUUGUUUGGUGACUGUUAGGUAGGAGUAUUUAUAUGAUGGUGCUUUUUCUUAAUUUUGCCAGGAGAUCCAUUGUACCAAGAUAUACAAACCAUUUCAAAAAAAGUCACGCUAUCGUUGUGGGAGAAAUAGUCCACUUUGUGUUUUCUUUACCCUAAUUUGAAAGAGGAACGAAUGCAUUAUAUUUUACGAAGUGUUGGAUUUCGAGUGCCUAAACGUUGUUGGUAAGUGACUGUGAGAGGGUGUAAGUGUGAGAGUAUGGUUUAUAUCCGAUGAUAACGAUCUGUGACUUCCGCAAUCAAUUAUCAUUCCAAUAUAAAGAAGUGUUCGAUACUCUGUAUCUGUACUGGUAUCUGUAUUUCUGCGAGUUCCCUCCUGUUCAGGAGAGUACAUACCAUAUAUUUCGUCAACUCUUAUUACAUACAGUUGUACUUCUGCCUUUUUCUUUGGAUUUAAAAAAAUCAUAUAAUUCAAGCUAGUUCCUAUCAUCACCAUGUCAUGGUCACCAAGGGAGAGAGAUAACUGUGUUUGUUUCAUAUUUUUAUAUAAUGUGUGUUAAACCCACUGCUCAUCUAAAACAGUUCUCUAUAGAUUCCACAGUAUGACGUGCAUCUUCUAUGGAAUAAACUACCGAUCUGUCGCCAUUUCGAAUCGAUAUCGCGUUAGAUGUACGCGUGGAUAUCGACUACAGAGUAAUAUGUAAAUCAGUUUGUUAUUGACAGUUUGUGUUUGGUUUGUAUGACGAGUUUGUUCAGGUAGACGAGACAGUAUGAUGGUGUAUUGACAAAACUAGAUAUGUUCCUUAGUUAAAUGUAUAAAGCCUGGGAUUGGAUUUUAUAUAUACAUUUUAUAUGUAAUAACUUAUUUUGUAAAUAUGGAGUUUUUCUUCUUCAGAUAGAAGCAAGACUUCAGGUGAUUAUUUCCGUCCAAUAAAAUUGGUAAAACUAAACGUA